GGAGGUGUUGUUGUAACUCAAGUGCACCAACAGAGCAGCAGCAAACAAAGGUGACACAGAGCAGCGAUGAAAUGUGAAGCCGAGCACACAGUCAACCGGAGAGAAGUGAUUUUUACAGAGCUGUUCAACGAGUAAAAAGAAAAUGGCAAAAGUACUUUUUUUCUUCUUCGUUUUUGUUCUCUGUCUGAGUGGUACUCUUCAAAAUAAAGAGAAAAGCAGAAGCAAAAGGCAGAGAAACAGCUCGGAGGAGUUGGUUCCUUAUCUCAGAACAUUUCAAGGAACCCUAAUUAAAACCAAAUCCUUUAUUGUUCUAAAUGGAACACAAGUUCCCAUUUCAUCCCAGUCCUAUCCAGCUCUGCAGUUUCUAAGCAACAGCACAGUUGGGUACCUCUGCGGCGCCCUGAGCACACGGGUCAUCCCCAUUAUUUACAUGUUGGUCGUUGCCGUGGGGAUCCCGGCCAACAUCGCCAUCUUGUGCACGCUGGCCUCUAAAAUCAGAAAAGUGUCCUCCGCCAUCCUCUACUGCAGCCUGGCUGUCUCCGACCUCUUCCUCCUCCUAUCCCUCUUCUUCAAGGCUCACUACCAUUUCCAUGGAAACCACUGGGUGCUCGGAGAGGCUGCCUGCCGGGUGGUCACGGCCUGUUUCUAUGGCAACCUCUACUGCUCGGCCCAGACGCUGGCCUGCAUCAGCAUCAAGCGCUACCUGGCUGUGGUGCAUCCGUUCAUGUACAAAGGUCUCCCCAAAAGGAUGUUCACCGCCUGGGUCACUGUGGUGGUAUGGGGGGUGUUUGGUGCCGCAGUCAUCCCCGAGCUCCUGGUCCAGCAGAGCUUUUGGAUCCCCGAGGUGGACCGCAUCACCUGCCACGACGUCUUGCCUCCUGAGACCCACAUCUCCCUGUUCUACUACAACCUGUUUCUGACCGUCUUCGGCCUCCUGCUGCCGCUGGUGGUCACGGUUGUGUGCUACGCCCGAAUCGUCUGCGAGCUGAAGCAAUCGCACCACGACUGGGCGAUGUACAUCAAGGCCAGCUCGCUGGUGUUUGUCAUCUUCCUGGUGUGUUUUGCCCCCGCUGGAGUCCUGCACUUCCUCCAUUAUGUGCAACUGUUUGUGGAUGGAACGGAGAGUUUGUACGUGCACUUUAAAGUGGCGGUGUGUUUGUGCUGCCUCCAUGCCUGUCUGGACCCCUUCCUGUUUCUUCUCAUGUCCAAGUCUGCAGGCUCUUCAUUUCAAUUCACGGCCUUUAAAAAGGGGAAAUCCCUGAGUUUAUCUGUCUAAGAAUGACCAACCUGUUACAAGAAAAUCUGCAUUUGAAUUUGAUUUACAUAGCAGAUGAGGAGGCAGAUUUUCUCUGUGGCUGGAGUCCAAAUCCAAUUCCAAUCCAAAUUUUGUCUGCACUUAUGAUAAACAAGCAAAACACAGACUCUGCAAGGGAAGUCCGUUUGAGAGAGAGGGAACAAGAAGACAGAGAGUUAACAUGUUAAAAUGCUAAUUUUCAGGUUCCUACAUGUAUUUUGAGGUUGUACCAGAAUCGGUGUACAUGGUUUAAAAAACACCAU